AUGGCGGACGAGUCCCAAAAGAUACCCGUAACGGCCUCCGAAGCCCGCCGUCUCGUCGAAGACAUUCUCAAAGGCAAUGGUGUACCCGCAGAAAACUCAAAGAUUGUCGCCCGCUGUCUCGUCGCUGCCGACCUACGCGGCGUCGACACCCACGGCAUGAACCGCAUCCCUUCCUACAUGGAGCGCGUCCGCCAGGGCGUGCUCAACGCCGCCGCCCAGCCCGAGUUGAAGCAAGUCACCCCCGUUGUGGCGCACGUCGACGGCAAGAAUGGCUUCGGCUUCGUUGCGGCGGAAAUGGGUAUGGCAGCCGCGAUCGAGUCCGCCAAGACUUUCGGAAUUGGCAUGGCGAGCGUGUCGCAUUCCAAUCACUUUGGUAUGAGUGCAUGGGUGGUGCAGCAGGCUCUGGAUGCGGACAUGAUGAGCCUGGUGUUUACCAAUUCGAGCCCUGCGCUCCCGGCUUGGGGCGGGCAGAGCAAACUCAUGGGUGUCUCGCCGAUCGCUUGUGGUGCGCCAGGGAAGCAUAAGCCGUUCAUCCUGGACAUGGCCCCGUCGGUUGCUGCUAGGGGCAAAAUCUACAAGGCCAAGAGACGCGGCGAGAAGAUUCCUUUAGACUGGGCUCUCGAUGCCGAGGGCCGUCCAACGGAUGAUCCCGCCGCAGCGUUGGGAGGUGUUAUGCUGCCGAUGGGUGGUCCCAAGGGCUCGGCAUUGGCCAUCAUGAUGGACGUCUUUUCUGGUGUUUUCUCGGGCUCUGCUUUUGCUGGUCACGUCACUAACCCGUACGACCCUUCAAAACCGGCGGAUGUUGGUCACUUCCUAAUCGCUAUCAAGCCAGAUCUCUUCAUGAGCCUCGAUGACUUCCGCGAAAGGAUGGAAUACCUGUACCAGCGUGUUGUCGGGUCAGACAAGGCGGCGGGAGUAGACAGGAUAUACUUUCCGGGCGAGAUCGAGCAGUUGCAACAGCAGGAGAGGGAAAAGACGGGGAUCCCUUUGGUGCAGGCUGAGAUUGAUGCUCUCAACGAGGAGGCAACCAGAGUUGGCGCUCAGCCUUUGGUCACCCAGGCAGCUGCUUGA